CUUUUCUGAGUUUCUGAAGAUCUGAUAUGGCUGAAUUGGUUGGAGGAGCUCUUCUCUCUGCUUUGCUCAAUCCAUUGGUGAACAAGUUAACUACUGAGGUGAAGGACUUCUUCAAAGGAAAAGAUGCCAUUCUCAAGCUGUUGAAGGAGCUCAAAACUUUGCUGUCCUCUGCUGAUCUGCUGCUCAUUGAUGCUGAGGAGAAGCUCAUCAAAGACCCAAGAGUAAGGAAGUGGCUUGAUGAUCUCAAAGAUGUCAUUUAUGAUGCAGACGACUUGGUUUACAAGAUCGACACUGAAGCAUCACAAAACGAGCUGGAAGGUGGUGGUGGUCUUCAUGACUCUCAUAAUGGCUGCACUUGUACUAGUAAGGCACUCAUGAGACUCAUCUCAUCAACUCCUUUAACUUCUUUUGAUAAGAACAUAAAACCCGAGAUAGAAGAGACACUUGAGAAACUGAAGCUUCUUCUGGACAAUAAGGAUCUUGGUUUGGAACGUGUAAAAAAUCAUAAGAAGCCAGAGAGGGUAUGUGGUCCUUUGGUGGAAGAAUCUGAUGUUUAUGGAAGGGAUGUUGAUAAAGAAGCUAUUGUUAAGUUGCUUUUGUCGGAUAAAUUUUCUGUGAUUCCCAUAGUGGGGAUGGGCGGUAUUGGAAAGACUACUCUUGCUCAACUUGUAUACAAUGACGCGAGAGUCACUAAAAUGUUUGAUACCAGAGUCUGGGUCACUGUGGGAGACGAUGACAAAGUGAAUAGUUCUAAAGUGAUGAAAACAAUUAUUCUAAAGGUUAAAUCAGCCAAAUGUAAAUUUGAAGAGGAGUUUGAAGUUUUAAAUGAAGUCAAGGAGGUUUUGACUGGGAAGAAGUUUCUCAUCAUUCUUGAUGAUGUUUGGGAUGAAGAUAGCAACAGAUGGGAUGUCAUAAAAAGUGUCUUUCAAUCAGGGUUACAUGGAAGCAAGAUUAUUGUGACAACACGGAGCAAUAAGGUUGCUUCAAUUAUGGAAACUAAGCCAACAUCAACUUAUUCCCUAAGCACUAUAUCGUUUGACAAAGGUUGGCAGCUGUUUGUUAGACGUGCAGCAAUCGAUGUGAACAUGCACGAGUAUGCUGAUCUACAAGUAAUUGGUCGAAAAAUUGUUGAGAAGUGUAAUGGGCUUCCUCUAGCUAUAAAAUCACUUGGGGGACUUUUACGUGGGAAACAAAAUAAGGAGGAUUGGGAUGACAUAUUAAACAACGAUAUAUGGGGUUUGUAUGAGAGUGAGAGUGUUGAUAUUCUUCCAGCUUUAUGGCUGAGUUAUUUUUACUUACCUUCACAUUUGAAGUCUUGUUUCUCUUAUUGUGCUAUAUUUCCUAAAGAUUAUGAAUACAAUGAAGAAGAUAUGAUCUUAUUGUGGAUGGCCGAAGGUCUUUUACUUCCUAAGAAGGGAGUGAGAAUUGAAGAAAUCGGAAAGAAGUACUUCAAAGAUCUAAUCUCAAUGUCAAUUUUUCAACCAUCAAAUAAGGAUGGGUAUGAGAAGGAACCAACUUUUCACAUGCAUGAUCUUGUACAUGAUUUGGCAAUAUUUGUUUCUGGUGAGUUUUGUUAUAUGAUGAAUAAUUUGAGUAAAUGUUCUCACAAGGUUCGUCAUUUUUCGUACGUACAAGAAUGUGCGAAAGUCGAUGACCCUAAUGAAAUUGAGGAGUUAUUUAAAGUUAAGUGCUUGCGCACCAUAUUGUGGCAACAAGAUUCAAGGGUUGAUGCUUGUCUAAAGUUGUUAAAAAUGGAGGACUUGCAUAAGUCAUUCCGAGGCUUGAGAGUACUAUCCAUAUAUGAUGAUCAGAUUACAAAGCUUCCUGAUUCAAUAGGAAAAUUGAAGUAUUUAAGAUAUUUGAAGUUAGAUUGUCAAAAGAUUGAGGAGAUACCUAAUACAAUUUGUAACUUGUAUAAUUUGGAGACACUAUUGUUGGAGAAAUGUAAGAAAAUUACUCAACUACCAAUUGAUGUAGGAAAUUUAAUCAAGUUGAGACAUCUUAGUGUUCCUAUGUAUUCAUUAGAAGAGAUGCCGCUGCAAUUGGGGAAGCUACAAAAUCUGCAAACCCUUAAUAAUUUUGUUGUUGGAAAAAAUAGAGAUUCUAAUGGCAUUAAGUUGUUGAAAGAGUUUCAAGAUCUACACGGGGGUCUUUCUAUUAAAGGACUACAAAAUGUUUGUAUCCUUGAGGAAGUUUCAGAUGCAGUUCCAUUUUUAAAGAGUAAGAAGUUUCUUAGUCGACUAUCUUUAGCAUGGGAUUAUCGCUAUGAACCUGAAUUUGAUGAGUUGCACAAAGAAAGAGAGCUACUCAGUGCCCUCCAGCCUCAUCCAAAUCUGAAGAAACUUGAGAUUUGGUCCUACAAAGGCAACAACUUCCCAAAUUGGAUGGGAGAUCAUCGCUGCUUGUCUAAUUUAGUAAGUUUGGAGAUGGUAAGUUGUAGUAAUUGCAGCUUCUUGCCGUCGUUGGGACAACUGCCUUCUCUCAAAGACCUUUUCAUUAGGAGUUGUGGUGGUGUGGUGAGAAUAGAUUCAGAGUUUUAUUGUUCUUCUUCUUCUGUUGCAAUACAAACAAAGCCCUUAUUCUUUAGAUCUUUGGAGUCCUUGAAAUUUGAGAAUUUGGAGAAGUUUAAAGAGUGGUCAUUUAUGGAAGGUGGAGUUUUUCCUCGUCUUAAAAAUCUUUAUUUUAGUAGAUGCACGAGACUGAAAGUGACAUUGUUAGCAGAAUAUUUUCCGUCAUUGACAGAUCUUGAAAUAGUUGAUUGUGAGGAACUAAUACCAUUAAUACUCCCAAGAGCUCAACUCAUGCAGGCCCCUUUGAUCACUUUAAAGAAGAUUAGAAUUGUCAAUUGUGUCAACUUGACGCACUUAGACGAGGCGACCUUUCAGCACCUCACCUCCCUUGAGAAGUUGACAAUUGGACGUUGUUUUAACCUCCGAUGCUUGCCAAAAGAACUACCCACUUCUCUUUCUGAACUACACAUUUAUAAUUGUUCAUGGCUAACACCACUACUCCAGAGGGAGACAGGGGAGGACUGGCCAAUUAUUGCUCACAUCCCAAAUAUCUUUCUCAAUCACAAGAAAAUAUAGGGGUCCAACCAUAAAUGAUUUGCAUGUUUGUUGCUGAGGACUAAUUGGAUUGAGUUGAAGAAUACAACAAGUCAACAACACAGUAGUUACCACCAAAUAAACACAUGAUUUGUCUAAUCUCGAAGAGUGGUCAGUUAUCGAAGGUGGAGUUUUUCCUCAUCUUAAGAAUCUUUAUUUCCAUCAAUGCAAGAGACUCAAAGUUACAUUGUUAGGAGAUUAUUUUCCUUCAUUGACAGAGCUUCAAAUUGAUGGUUGUGAGCAACUAACACCAUUAUUACUCCCAAGAGCUCAGCUCAUGCAUGCCCUUUUGAUCAGUUUAAAGAAGAUUAUAAUCGAAGGUUGUCACUUCUUGACGCACUUAGAUGAGGCGGCCUUUCAGCACCUCACCUCCCUUGAGGAGUUGACGAUUAGUAUGUGUCAAAACCUCCAACGGUUGCCAAAAGAACUACCCACUUCUCUUUCUGAGCUAAUCAUUUACUGUUGUCCAUUGCUAAGACCACGAGUCGAGAGGGACACAAGGAGAAGUGGCCAAUUAUUGCUCGCAUCCCAAAUAUCACUCUUGAUCGGAAGAAAAUAUAGGUAUGAUAGUUUGACUCU